UAGCACCUCACCUCGUCGCGCCGAAACUGCGAGUUGUAGCAGGAGAGAACGCCGCAGAAAGUGAAACUCUUGCAGGCUUAGCUGAUGGGACUCCGUUCCUGCCCGGCAUUACCCUCAUUCCGAAGCGUUGCCGCAUCCCUCGCAUCUCGGCCGUACCUCGCAUCCUCGUUCGCACUGCUGUACCUAGCGUCGUGUGCCAACGCACCGCCGAUCCACGCGACUGCCCUCGUAGACUUCCACCCUAACCGGCAGUCGGGAGAAACUGCUAAGAGUAUUUGUCAGCGCAGGAGCUUAAAAGCCAUGCCGUCGUAUUUCAUUACGAUGGGCGGCACGUUGUGUACCCGUGUAACGUCGUUACCAUCAACGGACGUGAUCAAGCCUCACCAUCUCACUAAUGUCUCGUCCAACGGCAGCAACCCGCAGCCGCCAUUACCGCCUUUUGGCCCCUCUCGAAUGCCCACUUCUGGUUCCUCUCGCCUUAGCUUAAAUCCAUCUUCCUGGCAACGAUCGGUCAGCAGCAUCAGCCGGCAAAACUACCCAGCGAAUGUAGCUAAGAAGUUACCACGGAUUCCCAGAGCAUGCAGCGGAGAAGGGCAAGAGGGUAGCGGACAAAAAGCUGGUGCAACUUCAGUCUCUUCCGAUUCUGAGUCUUUGCCGCCCAACCCUUCACCUUCCAGCACCUCACCAUUGGACACGUCACCAUCUGAUCCCUUGUCCGUGUGCGUCAUGCGUACUGCCAUCCUGACAUGCCCUGGACACGUGGCUGACGCAUUAAUGGACGCUCUCUUAUCGCUAGGAGCCAGUACGUGCUCAAUAGAGGAUGCCAAUACGGGCACAGAGGCCGAACAGGAGAUCUAUUCGUCCGGCCCCAUUCCCUGGGACCCAAGUGGCCCCCGCAGCCUCUGGAACCAGGUAAAGGACUCGACUCAGGGCGUUCUUUCCAGCCAAUCAGAGCGAGGGGGACAUCCGCAGCACUGUUGCGCGGGCGGCAGCUGCAGUGCAGUGGGGGGGGGAAGGGUGGGGGGAGGAGGCAGAUGGGGAGGCAGGAGGAGAAGAGGAGGGGGGGGGGGAGGAGAAGAGGUGGUGUCACUCCUGGGAGUGGAGGAGGUGGUGGAGAGGGACUGGGUGCAGCAAGUGCAGGACUCGUUUCAUCCCAUACGCGUGGACGAGGGGCUUUGGAUCGUGCCCUCGUGGGCCACACUGCCGGAUGAGCCUAUACAAAACAAUUCACUGGCGAUUACUCUUGAGCCUGGUCUCGCCUUCGGUACAGGGGACCACCCCACCACCCGCCUCUGCUUGCGCUGGCUGCGGUCGGUCGUGACACCUGGCAGCACGCUAUUGGACUACGGCGCGGGGUCUGGCAUCCUUGCGAUUGCAGGAAUCAAGUUGGGAGCAGCAGCAGCUGUGGGCGUGGACAUAGACGAGCUGUCAGUGGCAGCAGCAGCGCACAAUGCCUCCCUCAACAGCAUCCCCCCUUCGCAAUUCACCGUCCUUCUCACACAUCCGGAUGGCCCAGACCCCCUAAACGAGUUUGACAACAGUGAAGCAAGAGAGACCAAUGCUACUGAAUCUAAGCUCGCUGACGGUGUAACGGUGCCAGCCCUGCCCGCUGAGCUGACGGCAUUUGAUUCAUCGGCACCACUUGUGCAGUUUGAUGUCGUGGCUGCCAACAUUCUCGUGAACCCUCUUAUCCUAUUGGCUGAGCGGAUUUCGUCCCGAACCAAGCCUGGGGGUAGGCUUGGGCUGUCAGGCAUCUUGACCAAUCAGGUGGACUCAGUAGUUACAGCAUAUGUUCCUUAUGCAACAGUGAUUUCUGUUGAAGAGGAGGAUGGGUGGGCUCUCGUUUACUUGCAAAGAAACCAUUGAUUUUUCAAGAUUCAUUUGCUCUCUGAAAGUGCUCCUAAGUGGCCAUGCUGCACAAAUGUAUUCUCUGGUUUUGAAUCUCCUUGUUCCGUUCAAGAGUUUGUACUU